AUGGCGAAGAAGACUCAACUGGCGCUGGCAGUGGUCUUAGGGAUCAUCAUUUUCCAGCUGUCCUUCACGCAAUUCCGCCCGACCGACGCCCGGUCGACGCUGACAGACUUGCUCUGCCACGAGAGGUUCAGCAGUUCGUCUGACGAGCAGGGCACAAACACCACCACCACCGCUCCCGGUCGGUCGAAGAUUGGCAAAAUCACCAUGCUGUACGGAGACUCGCCCAAUCCGUCGUAUGAGCGGGCGUUGCAAUCACACAUGGUCCAUGCCGCGAGACACGGCUAUCCCAUGCACGUAUUGCGGCAGAAGAUACUGGGCCGACUCUGGACCAAACCGGCCUGGAUCCUGUCGGUGGUGCUGGCCGAGCUCGCAAAGCCGCCCGAGCAGCAACUCGAAUGGCUGUUUUGGUUCGACGCCGACACCUUUCUCCUCAACUACGAGAUCCCGCUGGAGACGUACCUGCCGCCUCGCCAGGUCGGCCACCCGGCCUUCAACGCAGUCAACUUCCUCUGCGGCAACGACCACAACGGCCUCAACGACGGCGCCUUCUUGCUGCGAGUCAACGACUACGCCGUCCAUCUGCUGGCCUCCUCUCUCAGCGUCGAGACUUUCCGGCCGGACGUUGACCUGCGCUACUCGGAACAAUCGGCCAUCGAGCACGUCGUCCACCACGGCGGCGUCUAUCGGCCCUGGGAUGGAUCCACCUACCUCGAUGGCUAUGUCGAGAUUCCCCAGCGCUGGCUCAACGCCUACAUGGGCGCGCGAAACGAGAGCGGAGACAUCAUCCCGGGCAAGAAGACUCACGCCAAUGGAGUCAAGCCAGGUGAUCUCCUACUACAUUUUGCCGGCUCCGGCGACACCAAGACACGCAGGAUGGACACCUUUGUCGAAGCGUAUGACCGAAACCCAGACCAAUGGGUCAAGAGCGUCGACGAACUGCCCGAGCUGAGCGAAGAGAUUGCUCGAUUUUGGCUCAGCUACGGGAAGAAGAAAGAGAAGGAAAAGUCAGCUUCGGUUGCAACGAGCAGUAGGGAAGAGGCCAAGGAACAAGACCAAUGA